UUUUUUUCUUUGCCUGCUUUGUUUUUAUUCUUUGUCUGCUUCUUUGCUGGGUUGUCUUGCUUUGUUUCUGCUGCGCACCCUUCCUCCGUCUGUUGCAAAAGUAUCAGCCCUCUUCACGUCGCCAGCCGCCUGUUGCACAUGUUUGUAGCCCUGUGGCAAAGCUAUUACCCACCAGCGCUCACACAACGUUGCCAACCACCCCAUGCCCUUUCUCGACCUCUCGCCUUCCACCACCAACUUAUCGUGUUGACAGACGGGCAUUGAGUGCGAGGCGUGCACGGAGAACCACUACCGCACCACCACCAACCUCACUGCCUCCUGUGUUGACUGCGCGUGUGACGUUGAUGGCGCCGUCUCCCCACAGUGUGAUGUGCGCACUGGCGCGUGCGUGUGUAAGCCGCGCGUUGUUGGCCGCGCUUGCGACACGUGCGAGCCGGGAUCGUUUGGGUUUGGGCGGGACUUCUUCUAUGGCUGCCUCGACUGCGCGUGCAGCGACAUUGGCAGCGAGAGCGGCGUGUGCGACUCAGAGAGCGGGCAGUGCCCGUGCAAACCAGGGGUGAGCGGCCGCGCCUGUGAUCGCUGCGGUGUCGGCUUCUACCAGUCGGGAGAGCCAGGCCAGUGCUCUCCGUGCCACGAGCAGUGUGGCGACGAAGGCUGUGCUGCCGCAGGUGCACUGCUCGGCUUUGCAUGCCGCUCCUGCCGCAACGUCGUCGCUGAUGGCACCUGUGUUGCCUCGUGCCCGCCCAACCACUGGAGCGAUGAUGGCGUCUGUCGCCCCUGUGACCAGCAAUGCAGUGGUGGCUGCACCGGACAAGGCCCGUCUGCGUGCAUGUCCUGCGUCAAUGUGGAGCUUGACGGCACGUGUGUGCCCAACUGCCCCACAGCCACGUUUGUUGAUGACCAACGGCGUUGCAUUGCGUGCGACUCCCAAUGUGACUCUCGAGGAUGCGUGGGCCCUUCAGCAUCGGAGUGCCGCGCAUGCAGGCGCUUCUCCUUGAACGGCACAUGCAUGAACGACUGUCCAGCAGGCACAACAUCUGUUGCAGGCGGCGACUGUCAGCCGUGCCACCACCAAUGCGCUGAUGGCUGCACGGGCGUCACUGCGUUUGAUUGUGUCGCCUGCCGCACUUUCUCGCGUGUGCUCAACACGGGCGCUGUUGAAUGCAUCGAUGCGUGCGACACGUUUGAGUACAGCACCGCCGACAGCGUGUGCGCACCGUGCCACGCCGAGUGCCAGCUUGGAUGCACGGGUCCAUCUGCGAGUGAGUGCCUCGACAACGCCUGCCGCCGCUUUUCCCUGCAAGACGGCGAGUGCGUGGCGACGUGCCCGUCCAACACAUACGCGGACGAUGAAGGCGUGUGCAGGCCUUGCUCCUCGCUGUGCAACGGCGCAUGCUGGGGACCGGGCGACCACCAGUGCCUGUCGUGUGCAGACAGCGCUGUUGCCAUUGUGCAGGCGCAGGCUGGCGUUGUGCACGUCACGUGUGCUGACACCUGCCCAGAUGGCACGUACGAGGAUGACACGCGCGUGUGCCGCACGUGUGAUGCGGCGUGCGCCACCUGCUCGGGCCCUUCAUCAACAAGCUGCGGCAGCUGCGUGGCGUUUGCAGACACAACCACGUCCACGUGCGUGAGCUCCUGCCCCCACGACGCGUACGCAUCUCCCACCGCACCCGUUGGUUUUGGCACGACUGCCCCCGAGUACUGCAUGCCGUGCAACGCCAUGUGUGACGGCUGCUUCGGGCCCUCCAACGCCGACUGCGCCGCCUGUCGCGGUGUUGUCGCCGACGGCCGCUGCGUGUCCUCCUGCCCAAAUGGAACGUACUUGCAAGACAGCACGUGCUGGCCGUGCAGCGAGCAGUGCAGCGGCGGCUGCCGCGGGCCCGGUGCUGCCGACUGCAUCUCGUGUGCGGGCGUGUUGGGCUCAGAUGGCGUGUGCAGGAAUGAAUGCUUCGCGUGGGAGUACGCCGACGAGGAUGGCAUUUGUCGCCCCUGCCACUCCCUGUGCAGUACCGUGGUGCAGGGGUGCAGCGGGCCAUCCCCAGAUGAUUGCACGGAAUGCGCGGGCGUUCUUGUGCCGACCAGCGCACUGCAAACUGGUCAAGAGAACAACGGUAGCACCAGCACCAGCACUGCCAGCACGGGGACCACGGUGACCUCCGCAUCCACAACGACCGCGUGUCGCGCUGCCUGUCCUCACGGCUUUUUUGCUGAUGCUGACACGAGCACGUGCACACCCUGCCACGACGCGUGCGAUGGCUGCACGGGACCUGAUGCCUCGGACUGCGCGGCAUGUGCGACUGCGCGCUACGGUGGCGUGUGUGUGCUCGAGUGCCCAACCUCCACGUUCCUGAGUACGUCUGGCACGUGCGCAGUAUGUAAUGCACAGUGCUCGCAAAGCGCCCGCUGCUCUGGCCCAACGGCGUUCGACUGCUUGCCUGCGGAUGGGCAGCCAGUGAUGGCCAACCCGUGUGCAAACGUGCGGCAUGAGGGCGCAUGCGUGUCCGCGUGUCCAGCCGGGUUCUUCGCUGACAACAACAGGGAGUGCGCUGCUUGUCACCGCUCAUGUGCAGCGUGCAGCGGUGCGGGCGAAAUGGACUGCACGUCGUGUCGCCGCGGCUCCCAUCUCACCGCCUCUGGGGAAUGCGACGACUGCAACCCGCUGUGCCGCGACGGGCUGUGCUCCGGCCCCACCGCAGCAGACUGCGAUGCUGGCUGCCUCGCUGUCACAGAUCUCAGCGACCCCCAGACCCCCGUGUGUCUCGUCGCGUGCCCCGUCGGCACGUUCAGUGACACCACACCCGUUGACGGCGCGUGCAACCUGUGCCACACCCAGUGCGCAGGCGGCUGCACAGGUGUCACUGCCUUUGAUUGCGUGGCGUGUGCCAAUGUGGAGAACGAAGGGCGAUGUGUGUCCGCAUGCCCGGACGGCAGCGCUCCUUCCGAAGCGGGCGUGUGCGGGCGGUGCCAUGACGAGUGCAUCGAUGGGUGCGAGCGACCGGGCGACGCGUCGGCGUGUGUGCGGUGCCGCAACAAGGAGGAGGAUGGCGCAUGCGUGGUGCAAUGCUCCACGGGGUUUCCGUUCCUUGCUGGCGACGCCUGCCUUGCGGCAUGCCCUGGCGACCAGCCCUUCUACAACGACACGCGGCAGAGCGCAACGUUCCUGCCAGCCCGCUGCGUGACAUCGUGCGCACAGCUCGGCGAUGCGCGCCGGACGUAUGUGAGCGAGGCAGCGCCGUUCCGCUGCACCACGGAAGAUCAGGCCCGGCGGGACACGCGCGCUCUCAGCAGUGCGUCAAGCUCGGGCAACGAGGCAACCACAAACAUACUCAUUGUCGUGGUGUGCGUGGUUGCGUUCCUGAUGCUGGUGGUGGUGAUGCUGUUCCUGCGGCGCGCACGCCAGACAUCGCACACGGGCGAUGCAGCCAUCAGCUCGCCCGUCACGCUCACCAGCCGCACAGACAGCAAGAGCAGUUUUGGCGCCGCGCAGCCGGGAGCCCACCAGUGGAACCCUCAGUGGGCAGCAGAGAACGACAUGCUCCGACAAGCACCGCUGGUGGUACCGGGCAAUGGCGGUGGCGGUGAUGAUGACGAUGACGGCGGCUACUUGACGGUUGAGCCCAUCCCUCAACCAACGCAUUCCACACACGUGUGACAAGCCAGGCUGUUUCACAGGUUAUGUUAGGCGUGGUGCACACACUCAGUGCCGUGUUCCGAAGCUUUGUCUAUGUGCUUUAACAAAGUGUGUGUGUGUGUGUCUGUGUGUGUCUGUCUGUGUUGGCCGAUGGUUGGUUUUCUUGUGGCCCUUUUCAGAGCUCUGUCAUGCACAAUAUACAUUUUCAUGUUGUGUAUGUGCAUGUGCUAUUGCAGUCUUUUAAUUUCUACUCGUCGCUUACUGGCUGGUUUCUUACCGCUUUCUGUUGUUUGACUGUCUUCCUUUGUUCUCACGACCGUCCACUUGGCGUUGCCCAAGCCAUGUGUCGUUCACCACCUUUUCUUCUGUGCAUCGUCGGAUCCAAGAUCAGACACACCUCGCAAGCUCUCUCCUUUCCAUGCCUUCUUCACUGCUUGAAUUUGAUAUGGCCGCAAGUCGCUGCACUAAACAUACAAAACACGAAA